GUCAUCAUUGACUUUCAUUUAAAGCUCUGAUUUAAGACGGAGGUGACUGGUGAAGCUUUCAAGGAUCUUAUUUGAUCUUUUAUUAUUGGUCCCCUUAUUGGUGGUGAAGGUAGAGGUUGAGUCGAUACCGCUCUCAUAUGUCCUAGCAGAAAAGGAUGUUCAACACAGAAGCAGAAAGACAUCAUGACCACACAUGCAAACGUCUUCACUCCAUGAAGAGACUCUUGUGUGGAUCGAAUGCGGUAUGUCACGUGUGAAAAUGUGUAGCUGUGCAUCAGAACCACCACUGAGACAUCCCCAAAGCUUUUUGGCUCUUAUUCACUGAAUGGUAGCAGUACAUGAUCACUGUCAGCUCACAGAAAUGGGCACAAGAGUAAAUCAUCAUCAUUCAGAAGAGUCAUGUGAUCCAGAGCAUGAGGAAGCCGAUAUGGGAGGCACGGUGACGCCGCUGGCUCAGGCACGUCCAGCACACCUUGAUGCUCCUGAUGGAGGAUGGGGCUGGGUGGUACUGGUGGCCACCAUCCUAGUUCUAGCCCUGACCCUGGCCUUCCCAUCCUGCAUGGGCAUCUUCUACACUGACCUUCAGAUUGAAUUCAGUGCCAGCAACAGUGAGACAUCCUGGGUGCCAUCCAUAAUGACAUCAGUCUUACAUGCAGGAGGCCCUUUAUGCAGUGUGUUAGUGGAACGUUUCGGUUGCAGGUCAACGGUGAUGAUGGGGGGCGUCUUGAGUGGACUUGGGAUGGCAGCCAGCUCCUUCACACAUUCCAUCAUUGAGCUUUACAUUACCGCAGGGGUGAUAACGGGUCUAGGGUUUUGUUUCAGCUUCCAACCUGCAGUCACCAUCCUUGGCCACUAUUUUGUGCGCCGACGUGCCUUUGCCAAUGCCAUGUCAUCCACGGGCACAGCUCUGGGCCUGUGCGUGCUGCCCUUCUUGGGUCACUACCUACACAGUGAACUGGGUUGGAGAGGGAGUUUCAUGGUGCUGGGUGCUGUGUUGCUCAACUGCUGUGUGUGCGGUGCUGUUAUGAGGCCCCUGGGGCCACCGAAACACAGACCAACCAAAGAAAAGAAUACUGCCACCAAGCCACUGGCUGAGAAGGGAUUUAAAGAACAGAUGUGGGUGGCAUGGAGGAGUUUAACAUUCUCUUUCCGUCGUCACAUGGCCUUUGACCUGUUUUAUAGUAACGAGCGCUUUCGCGUGUACGCACUUGGCAUUACGUGGAUGAUGCUGGGUUUUGUGGUGCCCCUGGUUUUCCUCGUUCCUUAUGCUACAGAUCACGGCAUGGAGCAGAGCCAGGCUGCCCUGCUGCUCUCCAUCUUGGGCUUUAUCAACAUCUUUGUUCGGCCACCCGCCGGCCUGCUUUUCGGCCUUUCCUGGUUCAAAGGCCGCCAUGUUUAUGUAUUUUCAAGUGCAUUGCUACUGAAUGGACUGAGCAACAGCAUCUGCUGUAUUGCACCAACAUUUCCAGUACUCUUAGCUUAUGUAGUGACUUAUGGUCUGUCAAUGAGCGUGGUGGGCUCACUGAUGUUCACUGUGCUCAUGGACAUAGUGGAGAUGAACCGCUUCCCCUCAGCACUUGGCCUGCUGGCUAUCAUGGAAAGUGUCACGCUGCUGAUUGGGCCACCUCUAGCAGGUAGCCUUGUGGACAGCACUGGUCUGUACACGUACGUGUUCCUUGCCUGCAGUAUCACAGUGGCCUUAUCAGCUUUGUUUCUCAUGGUGUCCUUCUACUGGCUGGACCGCCGUGACACAGCACUUAAGAAGGCAUUGUCUACUCAAGAGUCAUCAGUUACGCCUGAAUCGCUCUCGGUGUGUGUGGGGGAAAAGGUCAAGGAACCUGCCUUAGAAACUGAACACAUUACAACUGUAUGAACCGAAUCCAUUAAUAAUCAACAUCCGUGUUCAAUCAAUGAGACAUAUGCACAUAAUUUCAAUACAGAUUGGCUCGAUUGAUCUGGGGCAUUACACUAAUUGUAUACAUGUUAGAUUUGUUUAAACUUUAUACACUGUGUAUUUGUCAGAUUGUGAGGUUAAUAUUGCUUCACGUUCUAGAUCAUACAUCGUUUUUGUAUAACACUAAUAGAGAUUUCCUAGCAGGUUUGUUUGUAUCUGCUUAUUUUACUGUACGUUUACCAAAACGGCCAUCUUCAUGGCAACAUGUCUCUGAAUCCAUCGUUCAGAUCGCUAAUGAUCACGUUUUGGACUUGUUUCCAACAGACAGCUUUGGUGUUUACUGUCCUUUACAUUGUUUACAGGUUUAUUACGUUAUACAUUUUUCUUUAAGGUCUACACAUAUGGAAAUCAAAUUUACCUUUUGAAUGUAGAACUCUGCUUUACAUUAUGAAAUGUGUGUUACACAAUUUUAUAUGCUUAUCAUCUUAUCAUAUAAGCUUGACAUAAUCAAAAGAGUAGACAAAUUUAUUGUCUUUUAGACAUUUUCACAUUACAUUUCUUUAACAUAGUGACUGAACUGCAUUUUAGAAAUCCAAUGGUAGUCUCACAGCCAAACCAUAGCCAAAGUCAGACUGAGUGCGCUUCAAUGUUAUUGCCUUUGCCUUAUUUAAAGUUAUCAGGGAACUUUACACAAAUCAAGUGCUGUAUAAAGGAAAGUAUUUAUCUAUUUCUAGAGCUAUUUGUCUGCACUGUACACCAAAGGUCCUGCUGAUGCUAGUGUAUUUUUACAGAGUAUAUACAUAAUAUAUAUACACAUGCAAUAUAUAUUGGUCCUGUUG